UAUUUUAGUAUAUUCAGCUGUGAUAUUACAUAUGCAAUGAAGCUAAAUUUUGAAGAGAUUAGGCUUUAUCUGACUGUGCAUUGUCUGUUUGUGGAAUAUUUGUGGUUGGGAUUAACAAAAAUUAAAGAAUUGAAGGGUUGGAUAUUGAGUAGGGAUUAGAUCAGACCAUAAAAUUAGUUCAGAGUUGGGUGGACUUUUCACUAGAAAAAGAUUCUGCUUUUCUGAUUAUCCGCCAACCCCAGAUUUCUUUGAUUGAAUAUUGGUUGUUAGAUUGAUCAUAUAGAUCCAGAAAAUAUUAGCACUAGUUAUAGAACAUCUGUAUAAAUUCUUGAUACAUUCGUGUUCUUCAUCAUUUUUUUGUGUUGGAAUAAUUGUGAUUUUAGUCCAAGAUCAUUGAUAAGUCACCCCUUUUGCACUUGCUAUAGUUAAAAUUCUUACUAAAGAGUGUUUUAAUUUGAACUUUUAUAGACAUAUGCAAGUUUCUUUAUUAGUUUCUCCUUCAUAUUUUUGUUGUUGGAAUAGUUAUCAUUGACAAGCAACUCCUGCUCUUGCAAUUUUUUGGGAUUUUCCUUUGCACUUGAAAACUAGUUUAAAUUCUGGAUAAGCGUGUCUUGAUUUGGAUUUUUGAAGAAAUACAAGUUUCUUGAUUAGUUUCAGAAAGAUCAUUGAUAAGCAACUCCUUUUGCACUUGCAAAUUUGCCAAGUCUUGUUGAAACUUGAGCUCCUUAUACUUGGAAGAGAUGGUUGGCAGCAUUGAGGUUGCAAACAACUGCACGCACUCAAACGGGGUCGUACAGAGCAGCAAUGGCUCCGAGGAGAAGCUAGAUGAGCUUCGUAGAUACGUAGGCAAGGCCGAUGGAGACCUCUUGAAGAUUGUAGGUGUUGGAGGAGGUGCGUGGGGGAGUGUCUUUGCAGCAUUACUUCAAGACAGUUAUGGCCAGUACCGGGACAAGGUCCAGAUCAGGAUAUGGAGACGGCCUGGGAGAGCUGUCGACAGAGCCACAGCUGAGCACCUGUUUGAGGUGAUCAACUCAAGGGAGGACGUGCUGAGGAGGCUGAUAAGGAGAUGCGCGUAUCUCAAGUAUGUCGAGGCGCGCCUGGGUGACCGGACGCUCUAUGCUGAUGAGAUCUUGAAAGACGGCUUCUGCCUCAACAUGAUUGACACGCCACUUUGCCCUAUGAAGGUUGUUACUAACCUGCAGGAGGCGGUUUGGGAUGCGGAUAUUGUCAUCAACGGCCUGCCCUCGACUGAGACACGUGAGGUCUUUGAGGAGAUUAGGGAUUAUUGGAAGGAGAGGAUCACCACACCGGUCAUCAUAUCUCUGGCAAAGGGGAUAGAGGCAGAGAUCAGCCCGUCUCCUCGGAUAAUCACCCCCACACAGAUGAUCAGCCAAGAAACUGGAGUCCCAAUAGAGAACAUUCUGUAUCUGGGAGGGCCUAACAUAGCCUCGGAGAUCUACAACAAGGAGUAUGGCAACGCGCGUAUAUGUGGAUCAGAGAAAUGGAGAUUGCCCCUUGCAAAGUUCUUGAGGCAGCCUCAGUUCAUUGUGUGGGAUAACAGCGAUCUCAUCACACAUGAAGUCAUGGGAGGCUUGAAAAAUGUGUAUGCAAUUGGAGCUGGCAUGGUGGCAGCUCUAACCAACGAGAGUGCGACCGGGAAAUCAGUGUAUUUUGCUCACUGCACGUCGGAGAUGAUCUUCAUCACGCACUUGCUGACAGAAGAGCCGGAGAAGCUUGCAGGGCCUUUGCUUGCAGACACGUACGUGACCCUUUUGAAAGGGCGCAACGCAUGGUAUGGACAGAUGAUAGCCAAGGGCCAACUAAGCCUAGAUAUGGGGGAUAGCAUCAGUGGCAAAGGGACUAUUCAGGGAGUGUCUGCAAUUGAAGCAUUCUACGAGCUGCUGAGGCAGCCUAGCUUGAACGUGCUGCAUCCGGAUUCAAACAAGGCGGUUGCCCCGGUCGAACUCUGCCCUAUCCUCAAGAUCUUGUACAAGAUCCUCAUCACAAGGGAGCAGGGACCGCAAGCUAUCCUCGAAGCCUUGAGAGACGAAAACCUCAAUGAUCCACGCGACCGGAUCGAGAUAGCACAGACACAUGCCUUCUACAGGCCCUCACUCCUUGGCCACCCCUUGCCAAAAUCACACUUAAAUUAGAUUCUUUAAUUUCUAAUCCAAGGAUAUAUACAUGCAUACAUGGAUUUCUUUGUAUACUUCAAAUUAAUCAGACUCCCCAUAGUUGGACGGUUUUCACAUUAUUUGAUGUUUGAGACCAUUCCCUUUGUAUCAACAUUCACAAGAACAUUCUGAUCCCAAUAAAUAUAUUAAGAGUAU